AUGCCUCUCCUUCCAGUCGCCAUGUACGGCCUUGAGGUCCCAGCAGGAGAUAUUCUCAUUCCUGCUGUUCCAGAUUUCCCAGCUACCUUCCGCAUUACCAUGGCAGCAAUCGACCCAACUGAACCUGCCGAUGAUGCUGAAGGUGUCAAGCCUAGAUCAACCUUGAAGGUCAUUCGUCAAUCGAGUGCUGAGGAUGAAGAAGAUGACAGUGAAGAUGAUGAUGAAGGUUCGGAUGAUUUAUUACGUGCUUUGUUGGCAGAUAAUGACUCUGGAUCAGAUGAGGACAGCGAGGACGACGAAGAAGCCAAUGGAGGACCAAGCGACCCCUCCAAGUCCAAGAAGGCCCAAAAGCAAGCUGCUCUCAAGGAGCUUCUUGCUUCCAUCAGUAAAGACGAUUCCGACGAAGAAAUGGAGGACGCUUCCGACAAGAAGGUCGCCAAGAAAGGAAAGGCCAAGGCCACCGCCGAGGUCGAGGAGGAGAGCGAGGAUGAGAGCGAGGAUGGUGAAGGUAUUGAGGUUGAGGAAUAUGUUCUCUGCACUCUUGACCCAGAAAAUCACUAUCAACAACCUCUCGACAUCACCAUUGGCGAGGACGAGACCGUUUUCUUCAAGGUCACUGGUACUCACACAAUCUUCCUUACUGGUAACUACGUGAUCCCAGAUGACAACGGACACAACCAUCACCACGAGGUUUAUGACUCUGAUGAGGAAGAUGAUGAGGACUAUGACCUCUCUCCAGAUGAGGAUGAACUCGAACUCGAGAUGGACUCGGAUGAGAGCGAUGAACUCGAUGGUGCCCGCAUUACCGAGGUCGAGUCCGAAGACGAGGAGGCCCCAAAACUUGUCAAGGCCGACAAGAAGGGCAAGAACAAGCGCUCUGCUGAUGAAAUCGAGGAGGCCGCAUCCCUCGAUGCCAUUAUCGCCAAGGCUGCUGACUCUGAGGAGCCAAAGCUUAGCAAGAAGCAACAAAAGAAGUUGAAGAAGAACAACGGCGAGGCUGUCCCAGCCAAGGUAGAGGAGGUCAAGAAGGAUGCCGCUAAGGACGAGAAGAAGGUUCAAUUCGCUAAGAAUCUCGAGCAAGGACCAACUGGAUCUGCCGCAGCUAAGGUAGACCCCAAGAAACCUGCAUUGGGCGUCAAGACUGUCGACGGAGUAAAGAUCGAUGACAAAAAGCUUGGUUCCGGACCAGUCGCCAAGAAGGGUAACAGAGUUGGCAUGCGCUACAUCGGAAAGUUCACUGAUGGCAAAGUCUUUGAUUCAAACAAGAAGGGCAAGCCUUUCUCCUUCAAGCUCGGUGCCGGCGAGGUCAUUAAGGGCUGGGACAUCGGUGUCGCUGGUAUGUCAGUCGGUGGAGAGCGAAGAUUGACAAUUCCAGCACACCUUGCAUACGGCAGCAAGGGUGUCCCUGGUAUCCCAGGUAACUCCACCUUGACUUUCGAUGUCAAGCUCCUUGAGAUCAAGUAA